AUGUCCCUAAACCACACACCCCCCGCGAAGCCCGCAACAAACAUCUGGUCGGUAAUGAACUACCAAGUGCCUCGCGGCAAAUGUGUCCACAAAGUACCCUUUCCCUCCCCGCCCGUAGGGCCCCCCCACCGGCACCCCUCCCCUCCUCCGGCCCCCCUACUAACAUUUACCAGCUCAGCGUCCUAAGCACCUCCUGCCCUUGCCUCCGCUUCAUGCUAAACCCACUACAAGCGGCGAGUAGCUUCGCAUGCGACGGCUGCGGCCACCACGCUUCGUUUCAUAAUUUGAGGAACCCGGGCGAGGAGGAUGAGGUCAUAUUAGUCGCCGACGGCGAGCGUGACGGGAGGAAGAUGGUGAUGAAUGGGAGUGGGAAUGGGAGUGGGAGGAAGAGGAGUUCGUUGGUGGCGGGGAACGGGGUGCGGGGGCAGUUGAAGAAUGGGAACGGGAGGGAGAGGGGUGGGGAUAGGGACAGGGGGGAUGACAGGGAGGGGGAGGGGGAAGGGGAUUUGGAGUGUCAGGUUGUUAAGCGGGUUAGGAAUUAG